AUAUAAGCUGCGUGGCUCUCUAGCUAGCUCGUUCAUCUCCCGACAAGGGAUGCCGUCGCCCGCCGGCGUCCUAAAGAAGUCAGAGAAGUCUGGUUUCUGCGGCGCCGUGCCUUCGCCGAGCGGCUCCGCCUCCACCUCCUCCACUUCUUCUUCCUCCUCUUCCCCCCGAACGGCUUUCACACACCAUCACCGGCCCGUCAUUACCGGGCCUCGAGCGAGCCCCCAUGCUCCCCCCUCCAGCCUCCACUUCUCCUCCUCCCCCAUCCUGCAGCAGCCCGGCUCCUACUUCUCCCACCCGGCCAUCAGGUAUCACCCGCAGGAGACGCUCAAGGAGUUCGUCCAGCUGGUCUGCCCUGACUCCGCCCAGCAGGCCGGACAGGUGGGCUUCCUCAACCCUAAUGGUAGCUCCCAGGGAAAGGUCCACAAUCCUUUCCUGCCGACGCCCAUGCUGCCUCCGCCUCCGCCUCCCCCGAUGGCACGUCCCGUCCCACUGCCCGUCGACGCCAAGCCGCCCUCCACCUCCUCCACCGAGGGGGGAGGCAACUCACCCACCUCACCCACCUACUCCACCCCCACUUCAUCUCCAGCCCAGCGGUUUGUCAGCGUCGGACCCAGAGACCCUGGCUUUAACAUCCCUCAGCAACCACAGUGGUACCUGGGAUAGGGACUCCAGACGCCCCUCUCCCCUCCACCCACCUGUACGACAGAUCGCUGCAGCCUCCUCCUCAACCUUUGACCUUUGAUGCCAGCUGCGACAGAGAGUCCUGUCUUGCCCCGCCCCUACAGCCCUCGUCCUCCCCCCUGUGCGCCUGACUCAGCCCCCACCAGCGCCAUACACAAACUCAGCAGCAUCAGCAUGGCUACAGCGGAUCAAACGCACCCCAACCACCCACUCUGUAAACUGUACGUCACAGACUUCCCUGUGGACAUAUGUUUCAUAUGUCGAUGUCCGUAUAUAGUGCCAGACCCUGCCCCCCUUCCCCGAAACCAGACCAGGCUGAGAAUCCGUAGGGGGAUUGAGUCUUCAGUUUAUGGGAACACCGCAAGACUGAAUCACAGAGCUUCCCCUCCGGAGAAACUACUUUCCCAUCAUCCUCUGCAGUGUGUGCAUCCAGUGGACUUACAGAAGUGCAGUGCCCUCCCCAGGCCCACCAGCCGGGCCCCCCAUCCUGGUGUAUCCUAAAGGGUUUGGUUUGGUUGGUGGGACAGGAAGGGAUCCACCGUGGUUUAGGGAGAAGGGAGGUGUUACCUGGCUCAUAAACCACCAGCUAAUACCUCCGAUCCCCCCCCUCCGCCCGCCUGAGCCCUCACACACCUCCUGGGAUGGACUCCACCUCCCCACUUGACUCCGCCCCCUGGUUGGUGGCCAUGUCGGGGAGGGAGGAGGUCGACAAGGGUCUUUCCAAGGACAUGGACCAGUGCUUAAUGGAAAGACCAGAUCCGAGGGCGGACGUGGUGUGGGCGCAAACAGUAAUAACAUAAACUCCGCAUGAA